UGACCUCCGACUCUGGAUUCGCCACUGAUUGGGAGUCUUGGGGCAUGUCUAGCGACUAGUUUAGAUUUAGAGAAACUCACAUUUAGCAAUAUUUAUAUAAACAAUGUAAAAUAGGUUGGGGUUCUAUUCAGGUUGAGCAGAAUUGACAUCGGCUGAUGUAGUUGCAAAAGAGUUGACAUAUUUGGAAUAUUUGAUAUAUUGUUGGAUUUAAUAGAACACCAAAAAUAUUCUCCACAAGUUCAUGGGAAUAAGCUUUUAACCUUUUGUCAUUGUCUUUUUCAGGAUUUCACAUGGUGAAUUGUGUAUAAACUAGAUGUUUUCCAAAUGUUGAGAGAUAGAUAUUAAAUUAUUUUGCUUCUCUCCAAUAUAAUGACAGCAUGAAGGCUUUAUUGAUGAGUUCUGGUGAUACAGGAUGUGUUUUCGUAGAGGUAUUAAUGUUAUUAGUUGUACCUUCACGUUUUAUUGAUUUGGGGGUUGGUUGCAACAACUGAACAUUGAAUACUGAAUGAGCUACAAAAAGAGAAGACGUCAUAUGGAAAAUCAGGAAGACACAUAGUUAUUAGAUUAGGAAACACGGAACCUUGUAUUAAGUUACUCAUAUUAUGCAUUUGCAUUCGCCACAUGGAUUGUUCAGUCUGUCAUCUGAUCCUUAGCUUGGUUUUUUGGCUAUUAAUAAAAAGGUUAUUUUUGUUGCUAUGAUUAAAAAACCGUAGACAGCAGUUACUUCCUAUUGUUGAAUAUCUGAGGAUAAUGAAUAUAAACAGGCAUGCUCAAUUUUUAGUCCUACAUGUUUUUUUACCAUUUUCCUAAUAUAUUUUAGGUUCUUAAUUCUGGGGACAGUAAUAUUACUCUUGGCGAUCUUUCUUAUGUUAGUCCACCCAGUUGUGGUGGCACCAGCUUUUGCUAGCUUCAAAACUGCAGCCAGCAGUGGGGGUCCAGCUGCUUCUGCUGCUGUAGGAACUCAACUCUUUCGUAGUGAAUUACUUAGCAGUGCAUGGACUGGCUUCUUGGCAGGUUGCUUACACACGUUAUCUGGCCCAGAUCACCUUGCUGCAUUAGCUCCACUCUCAACAGGCCGUACAAGGAUGGAAAGUGCUGCAGUUGGAGCCCUCUGGGGAUGUGGCCAUGAUGCUGGACAGGUGAUAUUUGGCUUAUUAUUUUUACUUUUGGAGGAUCGACUUCACAUUGAAGUUAUUAGAACAUGGGGAACAAGAGUUGUUGGUUUUAGUCUGCUUGUAAUUGGUGCCAUGGGAAUCAAGGAAGCUUCAGAAGUCCCUGCCCCGUGUGUUACCCUAGAGAAUGGCAAAGGUGAUGUUAGAAUGUAUGAAGCCAUCGGGAAUCCAUCGAUUGGAAAGAAGAAGAUUGGGUUUGCUACGUUUGCUGCGGGGAUUGCCCAUGGAUUACAGCCCGAUGCUCUGAUGAUGAUCUUACCUGCACUUGCAUUGCCUUCUCGCUUGGCUGGUGCUGCAUUUUUGAGUAUGUUCUUAGUUGGGACAGUUAUUGCUAUGGGAAGCUAUACUGUCUUUAUAGGCUCUUGUAGUCAGGCACUCAGGGAUAGGUCUCCUAGAAUAACUGAGAAGCUCACUUGGGCAUCUUCCCUUAUAGCCAUUGCUUUAGGGCUUGCCAUUCUGAUUAACCAAGCUUUUGGAUUUAGCUCGUAUUGAUUUAUGUUCGAAAUUUCAUUAGUUUUCUUAUCGAGCUGGGGAACGAUUUUGAAGUGUGACAAACCCGUUGAUUUGAGAACAAGAAAUUCGUCUUUGUUACUUGCAUGUUAAUGUAAUUUUUUGUUCUUGUUAUUAUAAUCUUAAAUUUGGUGA